AACAGUGUCCAAGCAUUAAUUUAUAUUAUUAUUAAAUUAGCUUUGUCACUGAAACAUAAACCACUAGAUGGCGCUAAAACGAGUUUCUUACUCCGUUGUAUCUCAUUUUAUAUUUAUCUUUACAGAAUCCACUUUCCUUUAGCAACUUAUGCUCCAGUAAUCUCAGCUGAAAAGGCCUACCACGAACAACUCACAGUGGGAGAAAUUACUAAUUCUUGUUUUGAACCGUCCAAUCAGAUGGUCAAAUGCGAUCCACGUCAUGGAAAGUACAUGGCAGUAUGCCUACUAUAUAGAGGUGAUGUGGUACCCAAAGAUGUGAAUGCCGCCAUCGCGAACAUCAAAACCAAGAGAACCAUACAGUUUGUGGACUGGUGCCCGACAGGGUUUAAGGUAGGUAUCAACUAUCAGCCUCCUACGGUUGUACCUGGAGGAGAUCUGGCCAAGGUGCAACGUGCUGUGUGCAUGUUAUCUAACACUACAGCCAUAGCCGAGGCCUGGGCCAGACUUGACCAUAAGUUUGAUCUGAUGUAUGCCAAGAGAGCAUUCGUCCACUGGUAUGUCGGAGAAGGCAUGGAAGAAGGAGAAUUCUCUGAAGCACGUGAAGAUUUGGCAGCGUUGGAAAAGGACUAUGAAGAAGUAGGCGUGGACUCAGCUGAGGGCGAGGGCGACUAUGACGAAGAGGAGUAUUAGAUUCACGUGCGAAUAAUUUUACUUGGUACACUUAACUGGAUAUGGACAUCGAUCUCCAUUGUCAUAACAAAUGGUGGUCAUCGUUCAUCAUCUGGUGUUAUAAUUUUUCUUUAAACAUACAAUAAAAUGUUUCUUCUCUACAGCAUUUUUUUUUUGUGACGACUUGGAAAUUAUUUGAAUAAUUUCGAUUUCCUAAAUUUCUUAUUUAAGACAAUAUAUACGACGUUUAUAUUUUUACAUCCAUUUGACGUUCAAUUAUUUUGUUCACGUGUGACAAUGGCCACCAGAUGUCGUGAUGAUAAUGAUGUGGUUGCAGAAAUCGCAAAAUUUCAUUUUUCCGUUAAUUGGAAAACAAUGCUCAGAAAAAUCUCUCAACUUUUAAUAUCUUUAUCCAAAAAGGUACAGCUUUCUAAAAAUAUAUAUCGGUAGUUAGUACGCUCGAAUAAAACACAGAAAAAACAACAACAAACUGUUAUUGUUUUCGCUGUCAGCUUAAGUACAUUUAUUUGUCUGCAAUAACUAUUAACAAUGAAUGAAGAAGACCCGUAUAGUGAAGAAUAACAACCAUUGUUGUGUUUUUAAACACCAAAAGGUUUUAUGAUAAAACGUAGCUCUUGUUUCUCUAUCGGUGUUAACAAGUUUGCGGUGAUUAUGGCUGUUACAGAUUGUUCGUUUAUGUCACGUAUAUUAACCUAUGCAAAAAAUAUAUAUUGCACGUAAAGGAAUUUAGAAUAAUACAACAUUAUGAAUCAUUAUUCUUCAAUUUUAUUAUUACUUAGACCUGCCCACUGUUCUGAAAUAUAUAAAUAUGAAAGAAUACGAAGUAUAUGCUUUAGUAGAAGUGAUAUUGUAAGAGAAAUAAAGAUUGUGUUGAAACUUU